AUAAUAAUCACAUUGUCCUCGUCGUCCUAUCCUCCUUCGCCUGCUCGCUAGUCGCUAGCCGCUCCCCCCAACAAACAACCCUAAUCCGUGACCGUGGACACGCCGCAAGCUCCAUCGCGCGAAUAGAUUGGGGGGAUUCAAUAGAGGCUACGCGGGGAUUGGUCGCGCUCGAGAUCUCAGCACCCUCGCGCCUGAAAUCUUUCUAUUGUUGUCGUGGUGAUGAGAUCUUGGGGAGCGCGACUCGCUCGGUCCUGAGAUGCUGGCGGGCUACGGCGGCGGUGGCCGCAGCGUCCAUCUCUCCUCCCACAAGGACCUCCUCCUCGGCCGCUGCGGCCGGAGCUUCCUCUUCGGCAACACGUGGUUUCUCCUCUCCACUUACCCGGCGCGCCUCCUGCACACCACGGACCGUCGCGCUCCCUCCGCUUUCGUCGCCGCCAUCAACCGGGUCCCCUGCGUGCGGUCGCACUGCACGGGGCAGGGCCUGCUGCAGAGAGGCAGCAUUGUCAUGGCUGCCUGCGGCUAUGUUCUUAGGCGAGCUGAGCUGGGUGCUGCCAAGCGCCAGCAGCCGGAUAAGGACCCAUCUGGCGGAACACGCGCCUCCCGUAUUGCAGCCAUGGGGUCACUGGGCAGUGCUGCGCGGCCAGAGGUGUCUUUCAGGUACAGGGGGCUGGAGCAUUGUAAGAAGAUUGGUGCAAGCUUGAAAUGCCGUGAGCCAUGGGGGAAUAGUGCGUUCUGGACAAAUGCCACUGGGCCGGGUUGGAAGUUGAGCUUUACAGUUGAGCCAUGGACUAAGGACUUUAGUACGGCGUGUGCAGCGCCGUAUUCUGCUGGAGCCACAGAGGAUCAAUUGCCGCUCAAUGAGAAGAUGAAUAGCUCCACUGUUGGAAUGUCCCCAGUUUCUGAAAAAUUGAAGUUGCUCUCUGGUUCAUGUUACUUGCCUCACCCUGCUAAGGAGGCAACUGGUGGUGAGGAUGCACAUUUCAUUAGCAUUGAUGAGCAUGUGAUAGGCGUAGCAGAUGGUGUUGGUGGUUGGGCAGAUCUCGGUGUCGAUGCUGGACUAUAUGCUAAGGAGCUAAUGAGAAAUUCAAUGAGCGCUAUCAAAGAUGAGCCAGAAGGGACCAUUGAUCCAACCAGAGUUUUGGAAAAGGCUUAUAUUAGUACGAAAGCAAGGGGGUCAUCUACCGCGUGUAUCAUCACUCUUAAAGAUCAGGGUAUCCAUGCUGUAAAUCUUGGGGAUAGUGGUUUCGUAGUAGUCCGAGAUGGCCGCACUGUUCUCAGGUCACCCUCACAGCAGCAUGAUUUCAAUUUUACUUAUCAGCUUGAGAGUGGAGGUGGCAGUGAUCUUCCUAGUUCCGCACAAGUAUUUCACUUUCCGGUUGCCCCGGGUGAUGUUAUCGUUGCUGGCACGGAUGGACUAUUUGACAAUUUAUACAACAAUGAGAUAAGUGGUGUUAUUGUUGAAGCUCUCCGGGUUGGACUUGAGCCUCAGAUUGCAGCACAAAAAAUUGCCGCCCUGGCUCGACAAAGAGCUACGGACAAAAAUAGGCAGUCACCUUUUGCAUCAGCUGCUCAAGAAGCUGGGUACCGGUAUUAUGGUGGGAAGCUUGAUGACAUAACAGUCGUGGUCUCAUAUGUGAAAAGCGCUGGAGCCCCAUGAUCUGAGCCUUUCUUUUAUUAGAUGUAAUGUACAUAAAUCAUUGUCCCGAACUGGCGGCGUAUGUAUGCACCAGGGCAUAGAAGCUUAUUCUCAAGGUGUGGAAUCCCCUGAUCCUAGAAGCACCUGUGCUGGGUUCAGUAUGGUUGCGCUUUAGCCCUGGAACAUGUUAGCAAACCAUUGCACCAUUUUACUUGUUUGCCACUGUGAGAAAUCGUUUUCUCUAAUUAUCUGAACUCUUGAAGCCAGGGUGGGUUUGUUUCCCCCCUUGGAGUUGGAGGAUAAUGACCAGCUGGAACCAAAUUUUGUUGUAAACAGCGUUGAUUGCCGAAUGAUAGUUAUAGACAUCUUGGACUAAAUGGUGAACCAGCGAUGCUGUUUGAAAUGCCUUUUUGGUCUCGGGGUCUUUUUGUUUCACUGCUGGCUUAAAAAUUGUUGAGUUGUGUGCUGUAAAAAAAUGUUGUGAGUUUUGUGAUGUGAAAAUAUGUCAUCCUAGAGAUUUAUAUUUGUA